CAGAAGGAAAGACAAGAAUGAAUUACGAACUACUCGAAUAACGGCGAAGUAUGGCCUUUGUACACCGUUAAACAAUACAAUUUAAUUCCAGAACCACGAAAAACAUCACUAGAGGAACUUCUGUGUUAUUCCAUUGGUUUAAGAAGAAAUCAAGAUAUCUGAAGACCAAAUAUUUUAGGUGUUGGAACUCAAUCCAAGGACGAUGCCAAAACUUACGUAAAGCUUGUUUGCACUUUUUACUAACUUUGCCUCGGGAAGUUCUGAUUUUAGGACAAGUAUGGAUCAUAAAGAAUUAAGUGAGCUUUUAGAGUGCUCAGUUUGUCUAGAGAGACUAGAUCACACCUCAAAAGUUCUGCCAUGUCAACAUACGUUCUGUAGAAGAUGUCUUGUCGAAAUACAAUCCAUGAGAAAAGAACUGCGCUGUCCCGAAUGUAGAGUCUUGGUCGAAGAAGACAUCGACAGUCUACUUCCAAACAUUUUACUUAUACGGAUAUUAGAAGGACUGAAUCGAAGGAAUCCGGUUUGUGAUAAAGAAAAGUCAGUAAAACAGAAAAUUCCAAAGGAGCCUUCUGCAAAAGUGCUAUAUGAUUAUGAACCAAAAGAGCCAGGAGAUUUAGCACUGAGCAAAGGAGACUUUGUUAUUCUUGUAAGACAAGUGGAUGAAAAUUGGUAUGAAGGACAAGUGAAGGGCUCACAAGGUUUUCUGCCUGCUAAUUAUGUGGAAGUUAUUAAUCCAUUACCAUGCCUUGAUGACAGCUAUUAUGAUCCUAUUGCUAAGGCUCUUUAUGAUUUUGAUGAGGUUCAAGAAGAUGAUGUUUUGAAUUUUAAACAGGGUGAUAUCAUAAGUGUCACGAAACGUGUUGAUGAAAACUGGUGUGAAGGCAAAUUAGACAAAAAGUUUGGAAUAUUUCCCAUGAAUUUCGUCGAGUUUAAUUCUGUGGCCAAAGCUGUCAUUGAAAGUCUAGAAUUAUCUAACAGUUCUAAUGAAGAAAUCUCUCUACAAUCAUCUCUACCAUCAUCAUCAUCAUCCACCAACCAAAUGACCAUGACAGGUGCGACAGCACCACACCCAAAACCUGUCAGGAAGUCCAAGAUAUUAAACAGGGACAAAGUUCCCAAGAGACACACUAUACAUGAACUAGAAGAAAGAGAACAAAACUCAAAUAUAGCGAGAGUUCCAAGUAGACACUCGGUAGAAAUUACCUCGUCUGAGAGACUUGAAGAAGCAUAUGGAGAGAACUGCAAUGCACAUGCCGUAAAUAGAGCACCACAGGUUGCUAUAACGACAGCAGUGAGACCUGCACGACCUUCAGAAAGAACUACAGGGGGAGGAGAUCUUAUUGAUUUUCAUGGUGAAGGGAGGACAAGAGAAGUGUCGCAGGCUCCCUUAAACCAAACACAGCAAAACCACAGGGAACCCAGUGUGCUGCCUGCUUCGAGUAAUAGUUCUGGACAGUCAAGACCCAAUUCUGCAGAACUGGGAAAAGAGUUAUAUAUCGCGCUGUAUAAUUACAGACCCCAGAAAGAAGACGAGAUGGAACUGAAGGCUGGAGAGAGUUACUGUGUUAUUGAGAAAUGCAAAGAUGGUUGGUUCAAGGGAUUUUCCCUGUCCAACCAAAAGCGAGGGGUUUUCCCUGGCAACUAUGUUCGAUUAGCCAGCAUUCACAAUUUACUAACAAAAUCACGAAGCAAUAGCAACAGUCAGGCAGCACCUUUACCAAGUCCACGACAGUACCCUCGACCCAUCAACAACGGGACAACUUCUGCGAGACCGAACUAUCAUCGUUCAGAAUCUGCCCCAGUCUUUAAUGGUCGACUAAAUGUACAUGAUGAGAAUUUAGUAGUUAACUUAGACAACAAUGUCGAGGUUAAUGGACUUGGUGCAGUCCAAAGUAAUGGUAUUAGAAGACCUUUGUUACCCCCACCACCCGAAUCAAAGACGGGUGGAUUUUGGAAGAAACUGAAGCCCAAGAGGAAAGAAAGAUCAAGGUCACCUCCCCCCCUUCCUCAUCCUCCUCCAUACACAAGAGAUGUACCUAGUGGACAUACUCAGGUUAACUUGCCCACAUCAAGUGCAAGCCGAUUGGUGCUAGGAACCACCCCUCCUCCUCCCUACUCAAAUCAAACCCCACCACCAAGACAGGUUCUCAGGCAGCCCCCAAGACCUUAUCAUCACAGACAAGAAAAUGUUCCUCCUCGAGAAAGAUACCGUGCUAUUAUGCCCUACCCUCCUCAAAGUGAUGCUGAAUUAGAACUACGAGUAGGUGAUAUUAUUUAUGUAAGUAAAAAGAGACAGGAUGGAUGGUACAAGGGCACGCUGGAACGCAAUGGAAAAACUGGACUUUUUCCAGGCGUUUUCUCUGAAAAAUUUUAAUGAAUUCUUCUACAAAUACUUUUAAAGUCGAAAACUUUAUUAAGGUUAGUUGUCAUGUACAGGUUAAGGAGAAUAAUGUCAUAAUUAUUUUCAAAAAACAAUAUACAUGCAAUAAUACAAAUGAAUAUAAAAACAAUAAGAGACAGAAUAUACAUCUAAUCGGUGUUGUUCAGUUGAGUGUUUUUGCAGCAGUUAAGAAUUUUUUUUGAAGUACAGUAGAGCCUCUUACUAGCGGCUGCUUCACGAUUCCCUGAGGGUGGCGGCAUGAUGCAGUUCCUAUAGAUGUAUCUCUAACUUUGUAAAACUGUUGUUUAUAGGUCCCCUUAUAAAUUAUCUUGAAUGUAAGGAGAAAAAUACAAAAGAAAUCAAACUUUUUGUCGAUGGAAUUUGUGCUAUUUUAAAAGUUUUUCUCUUUAGCCUGGCAUUUAAAGGUAAUUUUCAAAGUGGUCUCUGAAGAGGCUUGGAGGCUUCAACAAAUCACAUAUAUUUAACUGAUGGAAAGAGAUUGUUUGGAAACGCGAGAACGAGCGCAAUGAAAUGCAGAUUGCACGCGAAUGUAAAACUGUAGCAUACAAAAAUUGUGGACUUCAGCAAGAACUGACAGGAAGCGCAAGCUGUAUUUUGAGCAUCAAAUCAGGCAGUCGAUAAGAGAAUUAUUGUUUCUUCAGAGUAGUAUUUUUAUUAUUCAUCGAGUAAAAAACAUUUUUUAUCGAAUUAAGUAAAAUCAAGCAUCGACAAAAACGCGCGUUCUUAUUGGUUAAAAAUUAAAAAACCCUAUGAUCACGUGAUGGGAUUUUGAGGAUAUUUUAGUAAAUUAAUACGGAAGUAUCUGUUGGCAGAUUCAUGGUCAGAACUGCGAAAUAGAUAGAGAAAAACUAUUUCUGCGCUUUUCCCUCUCCGAAUACCUUAUCGUCUUCGCCCUCAUCGUCGUCGUUUUAAAUUAACAACAAUUCCACUGACUGUUUACAUCAGAUUAACAACAAUAAAAAAAAUCAAGAAAGAAAAAACAAAAACAAAGAAACACCCAAGCGGGCCUUGGUUUAUUAUGCGGUCAUUUAAUAUUCUCGAAAUGAAAUAAUUUAUUGAAGACGUGCAUCCCUUCCCGUGAGAAUUAAAGGACAAAAGUCGUGGCCGCCAUGUUGGUUGACAUGUACGGAGACACCAAGACCACAUCUUUUGUCAAAGUCAACUAAAAUGGCGGCUAUACGUCACGUGCACCUAGAAGAAUUGAAGAUAGCGGAUAUACAGUGGAACUGUUGCGCGCACCGUCACGCGCAUCCACAAGCGUGGCAAGAUAUUUCUUAGCCAAACAAAUUCAAUUAUUUUGGUCGAUGCCGCUGGCCAGAAUCGAGUCGCUUUUCGUAGUUUUCUUCUUCCGAGAUAUCGUUUAGCGCAACAGUUGCACGGUUCGUCCGGGCCUUCACAAAUUAAUCGUUUCAUUUUAGUGUUGACAGUAAGUCAAAAUGAUGACCUGUAUGAUAUUGAACUCGAGUAUCUGGUAGCGUUCUAGCUACUUAACCAAAGCAUUAAUGCAAACAAUUUUAUAGCUAAGACUGAUAAAAUGUAUUAAAAAUAAAAUGUUGGCUGUA